UGGAACGCAGAAAAUUCACAGGAAUAGUAUAAAAAUUUACAGAAAUUAGUUAAAAGCAUAGAAAAUACAGAAUUUAGAAAAUAACCCUUUGAUCCAAAAAGGACGGCCGAAGCACCAACUGGACGGCACGGUAGGUCGGAAGUCUGAACAUACACGCGCUCCGUUCCGUUGGAUUCCUCCGUUGUCCUAGUGCCGUGCUCCUAGCCGUGAGCCCGUGACAGUUCACCCCGUCGUAUAGCCAACCGUCGCCGUCCCAUCGUCGUCGCCGUCACUCCGCGGUCGACUUGUCGUACGGUGGUCGCUAUCCCUUCCCGUCCCUUGAAACGAAAGCCAAAUCGAUGCCCCCCCCCCCCAAUGCCCCAUCCCCACCUUUCGGCUUGUUUACGCUACGCCUUUUUAAUCCCUUCCGCCCUCUCCGCUCCCCGUUGCCCCCACCCAGACCAAACCCAGGCUUCCCGUUCCCUCGCUUUUGUCCGGCGGCCAUGGCGGAGGAGCAGCAGCAUCAGAGAUGGCAGGAGGGCCACCGCCUGUGCGCCAACAAUUGCGGCUUCUUCGGCAGCCCCGCGACGCUGGACCUCUGCUCCAAGUGCUACCGCGACCUAUACCAGCAGCAGCCAGCAGGCGCGGCGGCGGGCCCCUCCGCUCCCACCGCGUCGGCCUUCCAGCAUUCCUCCUCGGCAGUCUCCGGCGCGGCGGCGGUCUCUCCCGAUCUCGAACCUCCCGCGACGGCCCCUGCUGGCGCCAAGGCGGGCAGGUGCUCCAGCUGCCGGAAGCGCGUGGGCCUGACGGGGUUCGCGUGCCGCUGCGGAGCUACCUUCUGCGGCGUGCACCGCUACCCGGAGCGGCACGCGUGCGCCUUCGAUUUCCGGGCCGCCGGCCGCGACGCCAUCGCGCGCGCCAACCCCGUCGUCAAGGGCGAUAAGCUCAAGGACAAGAUCUGAGGAGCAGGAACCGCCGCCUCUCGCUUCAGAGUUCAUGUCUUCCCCCCGUCAGCGGAACUCCGGAAGAGCAAGGACGACCGACGGCCAGAAGGGACGGAUCGUCGGAUUGUACGAAUUACUCCCGUGUACUCUACGAUUGGUAUAAAACCCAAGCCCGUCGGUUCGAUUGUGUAAAGCUGGCGGUGAAAUCGCUGGCCGUUUACUGAAUGAAAAAAAAUUCAAAUAGAAAAAUAUUUACUUUUCCA